AUAUAAAUUUGAUUGUGUGAUUUUAUUGUGAUGUGAUACAGUUUCAGUGUUCAACAUCUGUUACCUGUGAAAGUGAAAUGGGAAUGAAAUUGGAGAAUAAACCAACACAAUUGAUAGUUGUGCUAAGCCAGAACCUUGGAAUUACGGAACAAUCGAGGUAGUACUCUAUGUGACGGUGUUUGGGAAAUUGCUGACCAAAUAGGAGUUUAAGAUAACGUGUGAUGAAAAUAGCUGGAAAAUGAUAUAUUGAGAUUGUUUACUUUGAAACAACGUGUAUAGAAAGGAGAUAUAUAUAAUCCUGAUCUAAACGAUUGAACGGCAAUACUGAAGGAACACACAUUACUAUCGAUCUGUCAAGAGCGUCCCGCAAAAGUAAAUAACUGAGUAUCAUGAAGGACAGCAGCGUAUGCAUACAUAAAAAGGACGAUUAGAAAUGAAACUAUCAACCGUACCCCACGAGAACCACAGAUGAUCGCUAAAGAUAGAUGAUUUCCAAUGUUUAACACUGAUGAAAAUGUGAUGUUUAUGUUAACAAGAACGGUACCGGUCAUAUUUAGAGAUGUUGUAUUGGUAUGAGGCAUUGCUGCUAUACAUCGUUUAUAUCAUGGCGCCGAGUAGUGGAAUAGAUCCAUCCAAAGAAGCUUGUAACGCUUUUGAUAGCGAUUACUACAAGGAGAAAGCGUGUGAGUGCGUGGUGUUCCAGAGUCUAGGCCUGUCCCACGGGCAUUUCCACUCCCCUAACUACCCGAACCGCUAUCGACCUGGUCUACACUGUAUCCUCUACACAUUCAUCGGUGACAUGAACGAGAUAGUCGAGAUUAAGUUCCUGAAUAUGGACCUCAAGAAACCGGAGACACGGCUCGCAUUCCCGAUAGGAACAGAAACCGGGUGCUCUGACCGGAUACGGAUAUACAAGAACCUAGACCGACCGGAAGUGAACGAGGAUAGCCGAUACGAAGAUGAGGUUUGCGGAACGCUUGCUGACAUGGACGAGAAAAAGUUCUUCUCGAGCGGGCGCGCGCUUAUACUUGAAUUCCAUACCGAUCCUAACUCUAUGGAAUCACAUUCGGGCUUUAAAGGCGUUUUUACAUUCCUUGAAAAGAAAAUGUGUGCGGCGGUGUUUUCUCCUCAUCUUCAUACGCGCUGUACAGGUUCAUUUAAGACAGAUGGUAUAUUACAAUACGGAACACAGUGUACAUAUGACAUUCAAAGUACUUACAAUCAUACCAGUGGGAAAUUCUUCUCGCCACGCUACCCUCAGAAAUACCCACAAUCAUCGAACUGUAGAUACAUAUUCAUGGGACAGGAGUCCGAGAAAGUGAAAGUCAUCUUUAGAAUUAUUCGUCUACCUAAACAUAUAUCAAGUUGUGACAACAGCGAGGAUGUUAUAAAGGUGUAUGACGGCGCUAACGACUCAGCAAAGCUGAUCAAACAAUUUUGUGAUACUCAUAACCACGAGGAGAUCUACUCCUCCGGUCCCUACAUGUACGUGGAGUUCAUGUCGGACGAUUUCCAUGAGAAACAGGGUUUUGCUGCUGAGUUCCAGUUCGUCGACGCCAGCUGGACAGAUCCUAUCUCUUCUCCGUCAGAUGGCGAAUCCGUCAGAAUAUCCGGACCUGAAAUAAGUAAAUCUGCUACUGAAGUGCAAAUGUACGUCAAAGAAGGAGACAAAGUGGAGAAGUGCAACGAGAGUUUUGUGAGCAAGCCUAACAAAAAGAGUGGUACCAUUCUUAGUCCGAACCACCCGCGAGUGUACCAGCCAGGUAUCAUCUGUCAGUACGAGUUCGAGGCAGCUGCACAAGAGAGGAUCCAGCUGAAAAUCUCCAAGCUAGACCUUUACUAUUCUGGUGGAGACCCAUAUGAUCCGUAUGGGUGCAGUCACCAGGACAGCCUGACGGUAUUUAUCUACAUCGAUAACAAAGAGGUGAAGCUUAUCGAGUUUUGUGGGCGCCAGGCCACGCAUCCUCUCAUGUCCAACGGACCAAGGAUGAAGGUCGUCUUCAAGAGCGAGAGCUCACAGAAGGACAGUAACUCAGGAUUCCAACUUGACUUUAGCUUUAGAACAGAUUUUGGUGUUCAGAGUGACGGAGAACAAGAUGAUAGAAAAGAAUGCACAUUCAUUCACGAUGGAUUGAAGAUCCGCAACGGUACAUUUACCUCUCCUAACUAUCCCGGGUUAUAUCCCCGGAACACAAUAUGUGAAUAUAUUUUCCAUGGAGUAAAGAAGAGUAACGAGAAAGUGCAAAUCUCCUUCGCUAACAUGUCGCUGUACGGGUUUGGAACGUGCGAUGACAAGACAGAUAGCGAUAGUGUCUCUUUCUCCAACUUCCUCAACACUGUAGACCGGAAGCUGCCUAAAUACUGUGGCCAGCGGCCCUCUUACCCAUCGGUAACCUCUGAAGCAGCUUUUUUCCGGGUCACCUUCAGAUCCAAUGCUAUGUACGACGCCAAUGGAUUCAAAGCGAAUUUUAGAUUCAUUAAAGACGUGGUAGAGCAAGACACACCUUCAACCACAUUUCCAAAUCCAGAGCCGAUUGGGAGUGGUGCCCGGCUCAUUAAUGGGAACUACAGCUUAAUUGCAAUCGCCACACUUAUUUACAUUUGCCUGUCUGUGAUACCUACUGCAUUUGACGUCUAAAUAAUGGAGCUCCUUCUGUGCGAUUUUGGUCCGAACUCGCUGAUAAACCAUUAGAAGUGAAGAUAAUGGAGCUCCUUAUGUGUGUUAUUGUGUACGUAGUCGGUACAGGAAAUGAGGGAGCUCUUUCUGCGUGUUUUUGGAUUCGCAUUCGGUGAUAAACAUGACAGGACGGCAGCCCGUCUGUAUGAAAAAAUGACGGAAAAAGUAAUCGCAAGCGAAGAUGCAAUCACAAUUGUUUUUCUUUUAUUGAAAAUUAACACGUUCAUAAAGUUCAGUACUGGUUGCACUCAUCACAAUAUGCAUUCAUAGAUACGCAACAUAUCACGCUCAGAUUUGCGCAUGGUUUUUCGGAGCACGCUCGGUUAUUUUACGGACCACUACGGACAUUACCGAGUAGUUGCGAUUGGUUAAGGAGGAUAUAAAAUCUGCUGUUAAUGUUGGUUCAGUGUUCAUUUUGUGUUUAAUGUGAAAAGGACAAGGUUUGUAGUUGAAUUUUUUGUGUGUGGGACCAAUUGUAAUGAAAGGAUCGGUCAUAUUCUUCUCAUUUUCAUUAUAUUUCAAAAAUGUGACUAUAUACUAAAAUAUUUUUUGUUUACAUGUUAUUCCAUCCUUGAUACUCUGUAUAAAUCAAACAGCUAAACAUGUGUUACAAUACCAUUUCUUAAAUAAGAACUUAUUUUGUUUCUGUUGCUAACACUAUAUAUUAUGAUUUAUAAAUGUUGUAUUGCAUAUUCAGUAGAGGCCUAAUGCGCAUAAUUAUGAUAUCUAGACAAAUUACAAUUUCAUGCAAAUGUUAAGUAGUUACUGUUGUAUCAUUAUCAUACUAACAAACAUAUUCAUUUGUGAGAAAGGACCGUUGUUGUUAUUAUCUGAUCUAAAUAAAUGUCUAUAUACUUCUCGUUUGUACAUAAUCUAUGUGUGUAUCUCAAGAACCUAUCUGUUUUGAUGUAUUAAACUCUUAUGAAUUUUACUUUGCAUUUGAAUAAAAGAUUUUA